UCCGUCAUGUGACGGAGGUAAAAAAUGUCAACAUCACUCUGCGCUUGAUUGCCACAAUAACAAAUGAGCACCAUAACGUGGCGUUUCUUUGUGCGCCAAAAUUAAUAUGCUCUACUAUAACUAACACCUUGAUGUUAGCAAUCCGGCUGUCGGCUGUCAUUGCACAGGAUGGCUGCACUUCAGACGGGCCACUCUCCUCUCGUACAUAGCUUGGCCACGCUUCUCCGAAAUAACGGUGACAUGGUGCUGGACGGCAGCAGCACGCUGACCCUGCCUGCUGCCACCUUGCAGCAGCUCACAAGGCUGUUUGAGCAGUACUUGCUAUCCCGGAGCCAGCAACACGGGUUCCUCGCACUGCCCUCCCACCCAGCUGACACCGCUUCGCUGCUGCAGCUGCAGUUCCUGUUUGACAUCCUGCAGAAGACAGUUUCCCUCAAGCUCAUCAACCCGCUGGGUGUGAGGCUCAAGUCUGUGUUAAAAAUUUUCCCUUUCAAGUCUCUGAAGUGUUUGGAGCUGAAGAGAAUCCCCCCUCACUGUCUCGAGGGCCUCAGAGGAAUUUACUCCCAGCUGGAGGUUUUUACCUGCUCAAAAAGCCUCAGUUCCUUGGAGGAGCUGCUCUCUCUGUGUGGAGGUGAUCUGAGCUCAGCACUACCGUGGCUUGAACUUCACACCCUGAACUUCAGCUACAACUCCAUAGUUUGCCUUGACCAGUCACUGAGUUUACUGAAUGUCCUGAAAUCUUUGGAUCUAAGCCAUAACAAGAUUCAGGAGUGUGCUGAAUUCCUAAAGGCUCUGACUGAGCUGGAACACUUGAACCUGGGCUACAACUGCCUGCAGAGGGCGCCAACACUCGGUAUGAGUGCUAGGGCCAAGCUGGUCACACUCAUCCUCAGGAACAACGAACUGGAAACCAUCAACGGCGUGGAACAGUUGUCUUCUCUCCAGCAUUUAGACCUGGCCUACAACAUCCUGCUGGAGCAUUCCCAGCUGGCUCCUCUCUCCCUGCUGCACUGCCUCAACACAUUGAAUCUGGAAGGAAACCCACUGUACUUCCAGAAGACCCACCGCACCUCCACAGUCAGACACCUCUCGCCAAAAGCUGCCAACACCAGACUCAAACUUGAUGGCACCCUACUGUCCUCAUCUGAAAUAUCAGUUCUGCCAAAACCAGGGCCGCUGAUGGUCCAGGUGCAGACUUUGCCUUCAGGUUACACCAUGCCUGCAGAACGCAGUUACCAGGAAGCAUCUAGUGGGAUGGGGGAGCUGAGUGACAGCCUGUCCGUCGGCGAAGCGGUUGUCUCAAACCUUCGCAGAAGGAAAAAUAGGAGUAAGGUGAAAGUGCGGAGGGCCAGUAUAUCCGAACCCAGUGAUACUGAUUAUGAGUCCAGACCCUUGUCCUCCACACAGGGCAUCGUCCUUCAGCACCAGCAGGAGAUUGAACGCAUGUCCAGCUUCAGGGAACAACUCGGAGAAGACUGGCUAAGAUAUGAACACCAUCUAGAUGGAGCUUCACCCUUAACGCUCACCACCACUGUUAACCAGCAAACCUCCUGCUCUCAAACCCUCUCCAACGGCCUCACCACCACCAUCGCUACUACCACUACAUCUAUCCCACAGCAGCAGCCAUUGCCGCCGUCUUCCCACAAGGUCCCGGAAGUCCUCCCACCACCUAUUCUUUCCUCUGAACCCAGAAAUGAGGCCUCUGAUGUGGAUGCAGACCUGGAAAUGGAGUCCACCUUGCAAGGUGGUCAGACCCCUCAGCUGACAGAGUCCACCUUGGAUAACAGCAUGGUAGAUGGGCUGGUGAUGAGCCAGGGAGUAGUGAGUUCACCUCAGCCAAGUCCAGAGAGCCACAGGUCUGCUAGAGCAGCAAGUGGCGAGACCAAUCAUGAAGAAGAAGAGGAUUUAGGAGUGGACCUUUGUCACCCUCUGCUUGUUGGUGUCUUAUCUGACAAAGAGGAGGGGCUUGGUGAAGGUCAGUGGCAGAGGAAGGGAAGAAGGGAGGUGUUCUUGUGCAUCAAAAAGGGCUUAGUGCUUGAGAUGGACAUGCAGUGUGGCCAGGAGAGAUGCCGUCUGGAGCUGGAUAGCCUGGCUAAGGUGGAAACAACUGAGGCUGCGUGGACCCGAGGGGAUUUAGAAAAUCAGUUUCCAGCUGUAGAACUUUACUUUGACUACAUCAGCAAGGACAAACGAAGGAGACGCUACGUCCUGUUAGAUGAUGACCCUCAGCAAGCACUGCAGGCUCUGACUGACAUACUGUCUAAUGUGGUGGAGGAAAACCAACGCCGGGUUUCUGAGCUCUGUCACAGCUGCAUUCGCCUGCAGUGCCUUCGCUGCAGGUCAGAAUUCAUUCUUCAGGGAGGGGACGAUGAAGAGGAAGCCGGUGAACGAACAACAAAGAGGAGAGGAGCUGUGAUGCUAUCAGAAGGUGUGCAGGAACAGGACGGGGAGGAGCUGAUAGAGGCACAGUGGGCCAGCAAAGGAAAAAGUCAGAUUUGUCCAGAAUGUGGCAGUGACCAUGUUGUCCAAGUGGCUGUUCAAACGUCUCCCUACAGCAGUACACCCAUCCAGCGUUCAUUCAGGACCGACAGUGACGAUGACCAUCGGGACAUAACUGUGAGCAUGCAAAGUGCUAAUAAGGAUGAUUACACAGAUGCUAGUAGCAGCAGCAGUCCCAUCCCAGAAGCUGUUACCGCAGCAGAAGAGUCCAUGUUUGUCACUGCCCAAGGAAGCUCUUUCUUCAUUGGAGAUAGUCCAAGUCAGACCAGUCACCUUUCCUGCAACUCAGUGUGCCAAAGUAGAGAGGACCUAGCAGGCAGCUACCACUACACCACUACUGGUGCUACACCACCUCAAGUGCAAGCACAGCCUGCAGAAAGGUCCACCCCUAAUGAUGAUUUGGAUCUUCUGUCUGAGGAUUACGAGGUGGUGGACCAUCGGCUCAAGCUUUUCCUGGAUGUAGAAGUCUUUGAGGAAGAAGAAGAACUUCAUUCUUUCCUUAAGAUGUCAGCUGUCAAAUUUGGAGAACCUGGGGAGGUUCCCUCGCUGCUGGUUGUCUCAAAUCGACGUAUUUAUUUCCUGGAAAUGACAUCAGAUUUGCACAGAGGCCAGCUCACCAAUUGGCUGCAGAAAAGGGACAGCUACCCAAUCAUGGAGCUGAGCUACCUGGAGGUGGGGCUGGGCUCUCAGAGCAUCCACAUGGAGUUUGAAGAUGUGGGCGUGGCCUACACGCUACUCGUGAGGGACAGCGUGCGGUGCAAACGCUUCUUUGGCCGUUUAACAGGAGUUGUGCGUGAGAUGGCUCACAAAUCAGAGAGCAAGCUGAAGUCGAUCUCCACCACAAGGCUCACCCCUGAGCACCAUCUCUGGCCUUUAGUGUGCGAAGACAUCCAGGCAGAUGUGGAGGACGGACAGCUGCAGUUCUUCUAUGUUCUGGCUUUUGUCCUACAAGAGGAUAUCUGGAUGCCGUUGACGGUUCUGGCGACUAGAGAAACCCUCUAUCUGCUCAGAGAGGAUCACCAGUGGAGGAAAAACAGCCCGUCGGCGAAUGAAAACAAAGAACCGUGCAGCGGGAGCGUCACUGUGUUAGAAACUCUGCCAAUCAGCUGUGUGAGCUCAGUUCUCCUGUGGCCUGUGGACCAGUGCAGGAUGGAUAUAAAGCUUUACGAUGAGACUGUGAAACAGGAGAGGACGUGGUGUGUGCGCUCAGAGAGUGGCGAGCUCCUCCAGGGUCUGCUGGCCUGGGUCAAAACACAGUGGGAGGCCAUGUUUGGAGUAAAACUGCACACAAGUCUGCAAGACAAAGCGGCGUAGUGUGUGUGUGUGUGUGUGUGUGUGUGUGUGUGUGUGUGUGUGUGUGUGUGUGGAGGGGUGCAAAGAGAGAAAAAGUUAUAAAGUUGUAUGGUGCCGGGUAAAGUUUGGUGAGCAUGACCGAGUGUGUCUUUGUUUUCUCUCUACGCACUCUGCACUCAGUCUGGUCCCAUUACGCUUGUUGCUUUAAGCCAGGAACUUGGAAAUGAUUGCACUCAUUCAUGUGGCACACAAGCCUGUAAAAGCACUGGUUGCAUAAUGUUUCCUCCAGAUACCAUCCCACUGAACUUUUCUACAGCUGGAAUGGAGUGUGCCUUGUUUCUUUUGUUGAUGCUGUGUUGUCCUAAUGAAAUGCACCUUAAUGCAUCACAUGCUGUUCUUUGAUCGUCUGUAGCAUCAAGCUAAUAUGGAGCAGAUUUUGGGGGAAGGUUUGGAGUUACAAGCAUUAAGUCAAGGGAGUGAAACAAAUGUUCUGUCUUAGGAUUUGUAGGGAAGUAAUGCAAGAGGCUGAGCCUAGAAUAUGUCAACCGCCUUUGUCAGUUUUUUUUUCUCUCUCUCUCUCAUCGUCUUAGGGUGCUUUGCAUCACGCGGUCAACACGAGGCUGGGGGAGCCUCUGAAAGGCCAAGGUUCAAGACAUUGUCGUCAAAGAAUUUGCACGCAGUUUUCACCUAAUUAAGGUCUUGUGAUGUUUCAGACGUUCGGUGAACAGUAGCACUUCUCGUGUUUAAACAUUUUGAAAAAGAUGUUUAUUUUAAUUUGUAAUUCGGGUUUGGUUGAUUGGUUUGUUUUCAGAGCAUUUAUCAAGGGCAGGGAGAAAAAUCUGUUUUGACAUCAGGCACUGUCAUCAUUCAGUAAAUGUGAUGGAUAAACAUUAUCUCAACUGAA